CCGGAGCGCGCAGGAACCGCAUUCAGGGGGCAGAUCAUCAUAACAAGAGCAGCAGUCAUAAUCACUGAGGCCAGCAGCAGAAAGCACAUUGCUCCACACAGGGAAGAAAAAAAACACACACAGACACGGAAGAGAGUUGAGUGAAAGAGAAGCUGAGUGAGGGACGGACGGCAAGAAACACAGUUUAACUUUUACUGUGCGGGACAAUUAAAAAAAAAAAAACAACAGGAUAAAAAAGUGAAAAACCAAGAGGCCGAAAAGUGUUGGUGAAGAUGCCGCGGGUAGUUCCGGACCAGAGGAGCAAGUUUGAAAAUGAGGAGUUUUUCCGCAAGUUGAGCAGGGAGUGUGAGAUUAAAUACACUGGCUUCAGAGACCGGCCCCAUGAGGAGCGACAAGCCCGCUUCCAGAAUGCCUGCAGGGACGGACGGUCAGAAGUAGCCUUUGUAGCUACAGGUACCAACCUCUCUCUCCAGUUCUUUCCAGCCAACCUGCACGGAGAUCAGAGGCAGGUUCCUACAAGGGAAUACGUUGACUUCGAAAGAGAGACAGGAAAGGUCUAUUUAAAGGCCCCUAUGAUCUUGAAUGGGGUGUGUGUGAUUUGGAGAGGCUGGAUCGACCUACAGAGGCUGGAUGGGAUGGGAUACCUGGAGUAUGAUGAUGAGAGAGCACAGCAUGAGGACGCUUUGGCCCAGGCAGCUUUUGAAGAGGCUCGCCGCAGAACCAGAGACUUUGAAGACAGAGACCGAUCACACAGAGAGGAUCUAGAGUCCAGACGACAGCAGGACCCCAGCCCUGGCUCAAACAUGGCCAACGCUGAUGUGGAGCACAAGAUGCGCUGAGGAGGAGGAUGACGAUGAGGAAGUUGUGGAGGGAGGAAGAGGCGAAAACCAGGGCUGGCAGUCCAUUCAUUUUCAACACAAUCAACUGGGGGAAAAAAAGUCAAAACGAAACUGCAGUUGUAGACCAAUUGUUCAUCAUUAUUUCCUAACAGGUUUGAUAUGAUCAUUUUUACAUGCCAACCAUUUUUUCAAUAUUUGAAUGUAGAAGAAAAUAAAAUUCCUGAAUUGAUUGAAUUGAAAGUGAAUAAAAGCCAUAGAAAAGAGGGAUUAAAAGGGUUAUGGCCACAACAGACCUGGACAAAAAGUAGUUGAAUAUAUUUUAAUACAGAGGAAGGAACAUGAGCAGUUGAUUUAGCAUUAUAUUGUAACUGUGACACAUACAGAGUUGACGUUGUUUCUUGAGUCAGAUGAGAGUUGCAGAUAUAAAAAGGAAAGAUCAGAUAUUUUUUGUCCAGGUCUGAGAGGAUUUGAUGUGUAGGGGUAGUUUCCAGUACCAAAAGUAUAUUUUCUAUUAAUACACGAUGUUGAAAAUAGAGGGAGAGGGGUCACAAGGGGGUAAAGAUGUUGUUAACGGGGGAGGAGGAAGAGAGACAGAAUCUUUGUUUGGCUCAGGGUCACGAUCGGGGCUUAUUGGUCAGGAUUACCAGUAGAGCAUGCAUCAAAAGUGAGGUGUUGACAGUCUGUGAAAAAAACGAUUCUGCAUUGUUCAGUGUUGUGCAACACUUCACAUUUGUGAACAUGCCCUUGUUAACCCACACUAUAUCCAGCUCACUUCCUGAAACCUGCUGUUUUCUGAGACCAAAGUUCACUUUG